ACCUCCAUCCCCCUUCUUCCGGUACACCACCAUGGCUGAGAAGGUCGGCCCUAAGACUCCCAUCAACCACCCAGGGGUGACUUCUCUCCCCCCAGAUCCCAUCCAGAUCAUCCGCAGCAAGGCCCGCUCCAGGAGGGUUCGCGUCAACGUCGGAGGUCUAAACCACGAGGUCCUGUGGCGGACGUUGGACCGGCUGCCACGCACACGCCUGGGUAAGCUUCGCGACUGCAACACCCACGAGAGCCUGAUGGAGGUCUGCGAUGACUACAGUCUCCAUGAGAACGAAUAUUUCUUUGACCGGCACCCUGGCGCCUUCACCUCCAUCCUCAACUUCUACCGCACAGGGAAGCUGCACAUGAUGGAGGAGAUGUGCGCCCUGUCGUUCGGUCAGGAGCUGGACUACUGGGGUGUAGAUGAGAUCUACCUGGAGUCCUGCUGCCAGGCCCGGUACCACCAGAAGAAAGAACAGAUGAACGAGGAGCUGCGGAGGGAGGCGGAGACGCUGAAAGAAAGAGAGGGAGAGAUAGAAUUUGAUAACACCUGCUGCCAGGAGAAGAGGAAGAAGCUUUGGGACCUCCUGGAGAAACCCAGCUCCUCCCUGCCUGCCAAGAUCCUGGCCAUUCUGUCUAUCCUGUUCAUAAUUCUCUCCACUAUCGCCUUGUCCCUCAACACCCUACCAGAGCUCCAGGUACUAGAUGAGUUCGGCCAGGCCAACGACAACCCCCAGCUGGCCCAUGUAGAAGCCAUCUGCAUCGCCUGGUUUACCAUGGAGUACCUCCUCCGCUUCCUCUCUUCACCCGACAAGUGGAAGUUCUUCAAAGGUCCCCUGAACAUCAUUGACCUGCUGGCCAUCCUCCCUUACUACGUGACCAUCUUCCUGACGGAAUCCAACAAGAGCGUUCUACAGUUCCAGAACGUCCGGCGUGUGGUGCAGAUAUUCCGGAUCAUGAGAAUAUUGAGGAUUCUGAAGCUGGCCAGGCAUUCCACAGGGCUGCAGUCUCUAGGUUUCACCCUGAGGAGGAGUUACAACGAGCUGGGCCUGCUCAUCCUCUUCCUUGCCAUGGGCAUUAUGAUCUUCUCCAGCCUCGUCUUCUUCGCCGAGAAGGACGAAGACGCCACCAAGUUUACCAGCAUCCCCGCCUCCUUCUGGUGGGCCACUAUCACUAUGACUACGGUGGGUUACGGUGACAUCUACCCUCAGACUCUGCUGGGUAAGAUAGUCGGGGGUCUCUGCUGUAUUGCCGGGGUGUUGGUCAUCGCUCUGCCCAUCCCUAUUAUCGUCAACAACUUCUCUGAGUUCUACAAGGAGCAGAAGAGGCAGGAGAAGGCUAUAAAGAGGCGGGAGGCUCUGGAGAGGGCCAAGAGGAACGGUAGUAUCGUCUCCAUGAACCUGAAGGACGCGUUCGCCCGGAGUAUGGAGCUGAUGGAUGUAGUCGUAGAGAAAGGAGGAGAGGACAACCACCUGUCCCCCAGCCGCUGGGCCGGCACACCCAAAUGCGUCGCCUCUAACACCAGUCUUCAUUCCACGGAUAAGACAUUCCCCGAAUCCAUCCUCCUGGGGUCCACCCACCGCAUCACCAUCACCACCAGCAGCAGCCCCCAGCGACGGCACCUCGGUAGCCCCGAAAUCAGAGGCGGUAUCCCCGAAUUCAUAGGCGGUACCUCUCAGCUUCUUAACGCUCAGAACCUAGAAACCAUGUACAACCAGAUGGCCAGGUCUCAGUCCUUCACCAACCUCAACACUUCCUGUUCCCUGAGCACCAUGAGCACCUCAACCGGUUUCACCGCCACGACAACCCCAGAGUUGCAGCAGCAUCAGCACCCGGGGUCCCCUCCUGCCCCGGCCCCGACCUUACAGAAAGUAGAACUGGAGAUGCAGGAAGUCCCGCACUCUUCUUCUUCGACGGAGCCCUUGCUGAAGGAAGGUGAAGGAAUACGGAGCCUGCCCAGCAUGGAUAGCAUCGCCAGCUGCAGGGACGAUUUUGGGGAAGGCUCUGUAUAUGGAAGGAAGUUCCCUCCGUCUCUGGACCUCCUCCCAGAGUCGAGGGUCGAUGACGUCCUAAGCCCCCAAGAUGCCACCCUCCUCAAAGACAGGAUGUAUAGGUUUGUUCCCUAUGACCAAGAUGGUGCCACAAAGUCCAACAGAGACGACACAAAGAGCUUCAACAGAACUGUCGAGAACUUCCGGAACUCCCUGAGAGGCAGCAUCAACCCUGUCGUCAAGGGAACCAAAGGGUUAAAGGUCAUUUUUAUCGAGGGCCCCCCUACCGAGGUCCCCCCGACGCCACCCAGCACCACCUCACCCCAGGACAUUAGCUCCAGCCUCCUGGAGGAUGAGUCCCCUGAAGGGGAGACCACACCGCUCCUCCCCAGCACAGAGGCCCUCGACCUGGGCACAGAAGACGAGAUCUUCCCCCUGUCCCCGGAGAGGCUGAUGGUAGUGGUGGACACCCCGCCAGGGGACGAGGACACCCCGGACCAGAGUCUCGGGGGUCAAGGGUUGACCAACGAGGAGAACCACGAGGAGAAGAACCUGAUGGAGACAGCGGCAGCGGCAGGAGGGGCAACGGCGGGGAACUGCACCCAGGGUGUGAUGGGGGGAGGGGCAAGUGAGGAGGGAAAGGUCGACAUCAACCAAAGUGGACACAAAGCAGAGAACCACAUGGUCACACCAGAGAUCCCCCUGAUAACCGGGGACAGCAGAAUGUCCCCAAACUGUGAAACCAGCAUGUAACUGUAGGGGGCGCUCUGAGGGAAAAGACCCACUGAAACUCCAAUUCAAUAACCUGCUGAGAAAUACGACGAAGAAUGAGGAAAUAGGAGGAAAGUGAGAUGAGAGAAAAAGGGACAGAUAGUGGAAGAGAUAUUUUUGCAUGGCAUGACAAGUCCCUUUUACGUGUGUUGUUGUUUGUUGCCGAAACAGAGACUGCAGUAGUUUUUGCAGACUUAAAACUUUGGGACUCAAAUCGAGAAAGUCAUAUGGACAUAUUUAAGAGGAGGACAUUUUCAAUCCUGAUGUAUAUUUCAGUCUUGUUUCUUUUUUUUCUAGCAACAGUAAAAAAUGCUUAUCUUUAAAAAAAAGCAUGCAUUUAAAAAUAGAUAUAGAGGUAUAUUUGACAGUGCUUAGUUUCCUGAAAGCACUCAACAUACUAUGAUAACAAAGGCAUUGACAAUUCACAGAAGAAGAGACAGAAAAAAAUCCACGUUCGCCAAAGGUACAAAUAUUUCUAAUGUGAGGAGAAAGGGAGUAAUGACAGACCUCAGACCGAGGGUGUGUUCCAAAUAGCACCCUAUUCCCUAUAUAGUACACUACUUUAGACCAGAGCCCUAUGGCACCAUAUUCCCUAAAUAGAGCACUACUUUAGACCAGAACCCUAAGGGGGUGUUGCAACGCAGCGACCUAUGACAAACAUAUCAUGACCUUUUGUUUAAAUGCAAUGUGUAAAAACCAUGAGGACUAUGUCAUGUUUUUGCAUGUAUGAACUGUAUUGUUAACAUUUUCUUCUGGUUUGCGUUAUAAUUGGUUUGGGAUUUCAAUGUAAUAAUGUCAUGCUCAUUGGAAAUAAUGUUUCAUAAAACGUAUAUACAAC